AUGCUGAGCGGAGCGGCUGGGGCUGCGCGGUGUGGCGGAGCAGCGCGCUCCCUCGCUCCCUCGCUCACUCGCUCGCUCGCAGGGACACACGCAGGGGCUGACAGCUGUGCUGGUGCUGAUAAGGGAAGCCACAAGGAGACGAUCGAGGAGAGAGACAAGCAGCAGCAGAGGCAGCAGCGGCAGAGGCAGCACCAGGGCUGUGGAGCUGCUGGGAGUGGGAGUGACGCCCCCACCUCAGGCCCCCACCCUGUCCCCAAUCUCCUUCUGAUUGCCCUGAGUUUAGAAGAGCAGCCGCUGCCACCACCACCACUCCGGAGGGCACCAGGGCUGCUGACCAGGGAGGGACAGGGCAGUGAGGCUCUGGCCAGUCCCAGCAGCCGGGGACAGAUGCCGAUCGAGAUUGUGUGCAAAAUCAAAUUUGCUGAGGAGGAUGCAAAACCCAAGGAGAAGGAGGCAGGGGAUGAGCAGAGUCUCCUGGGGGCUGCUCAGGGGGCAGCAGCCCCUCGGGACCUGGCCACCUUUGCCAGCACCAGCACUCUGCAUGGGCUGGGCCGGGCCUGUGGCCCAGGCUCCCAUGGACUGCGCAGAACCCUGUGGGCACUGGCCCUACUCACCUCCCUGGCUGCCUUCCUGUACCAGGCAGCUGGCCUGGCGAGGGGCUACCUGACCCGGCCUCACUUGGUAGCCAUGGACCCUGCUGCCCCAGCCCCAGUGGCAGGCUUCCCGGCUGUCACCCUCUGCAACAUCAACCGUUUCCGGCAUUCGGCACUCAGUGAUGCUGACAUCUUCCACCUGGCCAAUCUGACAGGGUUGCCCCCCAAAGACCGGGAUGGACACCGUGCAGCUGGCCUGCGCUACCCAGAACCAGACAUGGUAGACAUCCUCAACCGCACUGGCCACCAGCUUGCUGAUAUGCUCAAGAGCUGCAACUUCAGUGGGCACCACUGCUCCGCCAGCAACUUCUCUGUGGUCUAUACUCGCUAUGGGAAGUGUUACACCUUCAACGCGGAUCCACAAAGCUCACUGCCCAGCCGGGCAGGUGGCAUGGGCAGUGGCUUGGAGAUCAUGCUAGACAUCCAGCAGGAGGAGUACCUACCCAUAUGGAGGGAGACAAAUGAGACGUCAUUUGAGGCAGGCAUUCGGGUACAGAUCCACAGCCAGGAGGAGCCUCCCUACAUCCACCAGUUGGGAUUUGGUGUGUCCCCAGGCUUCCAGACAUUUGUGUCCUGCCAAGAACAGCGGCUAACCUAUCUGCCCCAGCCUUGGGGCAACUGCCGGGUGGAGAGCGAGCUCGGGGAGCCUGAGCUUCAGGGCUAUUCGGCCUAUAGUGUGUCUGCCUGCCGACUACGCUGUGAAAAGGAAGCUGUGCUUCAGCGCUGUCACUGCCGGAUGGUGCACAUGCCAGGCAAUGAGACCAUCUGUCCGCCAAAUAUCUACAUUGAGUGUGCUGACCAUACACUGGACUCUCUGGGUGCGGGCUCUGAAGGCCCAUGCUUCUGCCCUACACCUUGCAACUUAACUCGUUAUGGGAAAGAGAUCUCCAUGGUCAAGAUCCCCAACAGGGGCUCAGCUCGGUACCUGGCAAGGAAGUACAACCGAAAUGAGACCUAUAUACGGGAGAACUUCCUGGUCCUGGAUGUCUUUUUUGAGGCCCUAACUUCUGAAGCCAUGGAGCAGCGAGCAGCCUAUGGCCUGUCAGCCCUGCUGGGAGACCUUGGGGGACAGAUGGGCCUAUUUAUUGGGGCUAGCAUCCUCACCUUGCUGGAGAUCCUUGACUACAUUUAUGAGGUGUCCUGGGACAGACUCAAGAAGGUAUGGCGGCGGCCAAAAACCCCACUGAGGGCGUCCACUGGGGGCAUCUCUACUUUGGGGCUGCAGGAGCUGAAGGAACAGAGUCCUUGUCCAAGCAGGGGCCAUGCUGAGGGUGGGGGAGCCAGCAGUCUCCUCCCCAACCACCACCACCCCCAUGGCCCCUCAGGAGGCCUCUUUGAAGACUUUGCUUGCUAGGAUGGUGCUGUGUGGGAAAGGACCAAUGAGUCUGGGACUCUGCUCAGACCCCACACAUUUUGCUCCUGGGACCGAAGACCUGGGGCAGCCCAGGGCUAAGGGAAGGGGUGGUGCUCACCAAGAGGCCAGGACUGGGAUCCUGCUCUCCCCAACCCAGGCUCAGCUGCCUUGCACAACGGUCCUUCUUGUCCACACUCCCCAUCCCCAGGCAGGUGUCCAGGAAGGGCUGGAGACCAGACUAGAGGCUCCUCAGGAAGGGAGGGAGGAAGAGGGGGAGAUGGAGCCCUGGCUGGGCGGGUCCUGUACAUUUGUAUAUAUUUAGGGACUGGGUGGGGGUGGGACAGACAUAGAAGGGUGGGGUUACAGGGAAGGGUGAUUUAGGAUAGUUAGGGUCCCAGCCCUAAUGGCAGAAGGCAACUCCUUGGGACUUGGGCAUGCUGGGUUAGUUCUACUUCCCUCUCCAGGCCCAGCUCCCCUCUUGGCAGGGGGAGUGGGUGGCCCAGCAGGCCUGGCCCAGCUCCCAGUUCCCCCUGUACUAGCCCCACCUCAAGUCCCCCCUCCAUGGGGAGUGGGCAGAAGACCUUUCAGACCUUGGCUAAGAUUGGGGGGAGGGGGAACAGGGAGCCUCUCAGGCCUCUCUCCCUCCAGACUGGUUUUAUAAAGUGCUGAUGAAAUUGGGAAUAAAGAGGCAUAAAGAAUUCUCUGUGUAUGUGUGUGUGAGACCCAGCAUGCGCUGGCUGGGGGCUGGGCAUCUGCAUGACUUGGUCCCUGUAAAAGGAAACACAGGCCCCAGCAGGGACAAGACGCUUCCAUCUUCAGAGUCAGCUUUCCCUACUGCCAUGCCUACUUUGCCAAAACUCCCAAUUAUCAAUCUACACUUACCAGUCCACACUCAGCCAGUUUAUUAAAGCCAGAGACUCAUCAGGGGUCCAAACAGGAGAAGGUGGGAGAUGCCACACCCCACCCCUCCUCUCUCUACUCCCCCCUUCUCCAAGAACUCCUCUACAGCCCAGCCCCAGGACAAGACCCCAGGAGGCAUGGCUGGCGUCAGGCAGACUGUGCUGCAUAAAUAUACUGAGGCCACAGCCUGGAUCAGCAGUGUCAAAGGGGCAGGGAGACUCUUCUUGGAACAAGAAGGGGUUACUCUGGGGCACCUUUCCCAAGGCUUGUCCAGGGGUCUACAAAGCAGAAGACAAAUAACCAGCAGGCUGCCCCUCAAGGCUACAGCCAGCCCUGUCCAGCGAGGCUGACAGGUGGCUCCAGGUUUUGGGGAAGAGUAGGACAGGGGCAGGGGACCAGGGUAGGGUCAGGUGCUGUUACCCU